GUCUGUGUGUCUGUGUGUCUGUGUGUCUGUGCGUCUGUGUGUCAGUGUGCGAGUGCCCCCCGCCCCUUCCCAGCUCUAGAUAAUGCCAGCCGCGGCUGGGCUGACCGCCUCUUCCGACAACGGGCGUGAGUGAAAAGCGCACCUGCCGCGAGCCAUUGCCCUGCAAGCCUUCUGUCGAAGCUGCUCUACAGGCCCCGGCUUGGCGCUUCGAAAACCCAUUUGCCCAGGAGUCGUUCUGCCUUGGAAGAGUGCUUUUUCGCCGAUUUCAGCUCCAGCUCGCCAGUAUCUUGAAGACCCCCUCCCUCUCUUUCGCGCUUUUCAAAGCAGUUUCUUCGGGCAAGAUGGCCAUCCCGAAUUUCUUCGCCGUGCAGAACCUCUUCCAGGGCGCGGACGUCCACCCCCUCGUCGGGCCGCCGGCGCACUUCCUCCCGCGCAACGUGCGCAAGCUCCCGCGCGGCAAGCAGGCGCAGCGCCUGCAGUUCUGGGGGUCCGCCAUGCUCCUCGAGACGGCCGCGGUCUGCGCCCUCGGGACGCUUGCCAUGCGCCUGAAGGGGCGCGAGGCGGGACGCCGCGGCGCCUACAACCGAGUGGGCGCCGAGGAGGGCGGCGGUGAGGCCGCGGCGGGCGGCGAGGGCGGCGGCGCGGAGGUCGACGGCGGCAGCGCGGAGGUGGCUCCCCCGGGCAAGUACCAGAAGCGGUGGGGCAAUUUUUAUCAUCAUUCGUCCGGCGAAAUUCUGUGCGACACGUAUGAGCUCGAGAUCGCGCAGAAGUCCUCGGCGGCGCAGUACCUCCUCUGGCGCCUGCGGAGCCGGCCGGAGGACCCGGCUACGCCAUGGAAUCAGAUGAAAGGCUACGAGGAGCAGGCCAGCAGGGCGGGCCGCGUGCACCACCUGCUGUGGAGAGUGAAGAAUUCGCCGGCGCUCCGGAUGCAGGUCGCCACCGGGGCGACCUUCCUACUCUACUUCGCCCUGAGCACCAGCCUGGUGCUCUGGUGCUCGAAUGCGGGCCUCCUCUCGGCGAAGACGGGGCUGCCAUGGGAGGGCUACUUCACCAUGCUCUCGCUGGGCAACCUCUGGUGCCUGCUGCAGGCGCUUUGCCUCGAGCCCGGGAAGUUCGCCCCGUCCGCCUUCACCAUGGCGAUGGUGGCCGGGUUGGCACCCUUCCUCUCGGAUGCCUUUGACACUUUCAAGGACAUCCAACUCGGAGGGCUCUGCCUUCAGGCGGAACACCGCAUCGUGAGGCUGGUGGGGGUGGCAAGCAUCGCAUACGUAGCGGUGCUGAACUUCCGGAUCCUCCAAGACACGGUGGGCGCAGCAGAGCUCGCGGAUACCUACCUUAGCGUCACAUUUGCCUCGGUUGAGCACGAGGCGGCAGCUGCGGGCCUCCACGCUUUCCCCGAGUACCCGGGAAAGGCCGUCCAGCUCCUCUACAAACAGACAACCAAGGAGAAGCAGCGCUCCCUCCUCUUCGAGAGCCUGCCCCAAGGCGCCGCCGCCGUCGUCUUCAUGAUCUUCGAGGGCGGAAGCCAGUUGGUCCUUGCCUCGGCUGUGCUCAUGCCGCUGCUGCAGCUGCUCUUCGCCUGGAGUGCGCGCCACUGCCUCAGCAAGAAGGUGCUGCCGUGGAUCGUGGAGGAGCUGUUCUUCGCCGCGAGCAAGGGGAACGCCAACAAGGUGCAGCGCUUCUUGAAGCCCCUUAUGGAGGAGGGCGGAUGGCUCCUCGCCUUCGCGUUGAAGGACCAUGGCCUCCGAGACCCGACGAAGUGCCGUGUGCUGGCGACCAGAAAUAGCUUUCCCCUGCUCUACGCCGCCAUUCUUCUCAUCGACGACAACGCCGAAGACCUGCGCCUGAGCAAAUUCAGCUGUGGGAGGCCACUUGGGGAGCACGGCUUCGUCUACUUCCUCGACGUUCUGAGGGGCCACGCAGGGCGCCUGGAGUCCCUUUGGCUGGAUGGGAACAAUCUGGGCGAUGACGACGCCAAGGGCUUGGCGGAGGCCUUGAAGGCCAACCCCACGUUGCAGAGGAUCGACCUGAGCGACAACCAUAUCGGCGCCGAGGGCGCCAAGGCCUUGGCGGAGGCCUUGAAGGCCAACCCCACGUUGCGGGGGAUCAACCUGAGCGACAACCAUAUCGGCGCCGAGGGCGCCAAGGCCUUGGCGGAGGCCUUGAAGGCCAACACCGCGUUGGAAGAGAUCCACCUGUGGAACAACCAUAUCGGCGCCGAGGGUGCCAAUGCCUUGGCGGAGGCCUUCAAGGCCAACCCCGCGUUGCAGAGGAUCGACCUGCGACGCAACAGUAUCCCUUUCGAAGAUGUCGAGGCCUUCGAGCGAGAUGGCGUACUGUUGUAGGGGAAUUCAGCCAAAGAGGGCAAUUCAGCCUAUUUUAGCAGCCACGGGUUUGCCAGCCUUCGCCUGGCAUCUGAUACUGGCCACUCAGUGUCUCAGCAUGUCUCCGGGCGCUUGGGCGAGGAGACACCACUGAAAUGGGGCUCGGGCGCGGCGUACCUGCUACACAAGCAUGUGGCGGACUCGCAGCACGAUGCUUGCCCAGGGGGACCUCCAAGAGGACCGCGGGAAGCAAACAUAUGGUCUCGUUCAGGCAAUCUUUUUUUGUUGGCCGGAUUCGUUCCUGAAGUGAACGAUUUCAAAAAGAUCCAGGUCCUUGAGGUUGUCAAAUACUUAGGUAUUUAGAUCGGCCGUGGGGCCGAGAUGACUGCAUGGAGCGAGGCCGCCCCCAAGAUUCGCCGACGAGUCGGGAUCACUCGACAGCUGGGCCUCGGUCUCGCACGCUCAGUGCUGGCCUCCAAAGUCAUGUGUGUACCCAUCUUGUCCUUCACUCUUCAAAUUCAUCCUGUUUCCCCUGCUCUUAUCCACAUGUAUAGGGAGGCGGUCAUGUAUUUCACGGCUGGUCCACGUAACUCGCUGUCAUACGUCCUAUGCGCGCAGUUGGCCAGCUUCCAUCUUCCUGUGGAGUUUCCCGACCUUCAGACCCUCGCUCGUGCUACUUGCCUUCGCUAUAUUAUCCG